GUAAUCCUAACUUCCUUGGAAUUAACAGCCUGUUCCUCCAUUAAUGGUGGUUUCGAAAGAUUUAAACUCAUAAUUAAGAACAAUGAGGCUCACAACUACUUUACUUUCAAGGAUGGGAGAAUGGUCUAAAAAAUAUGCGAAUUUACCGGACCGUUACAUAAAACGUAUCUCAGAACGCAUUUACUGGAGAGCACCACCUGGAAAACCACAAUAUCAAAAACGUACAAUAGGAAUAAAGAAAAAUUUAUACUAUUCAAUUCAUCGACCGUGGACCACACAGUUUCAGUUCGAAAAUUUUCAUGUGAGACGUCGUGAAUAUGUUCCAAUUGAACCUGUUAAACAUUGGAGCUUUUUUCGCGGAGAUCGUGUGGAAGUUUUAGUUGGUCCUGAUAAGGGAAAACAGGGAUUUGUGAAAGAUAUUAUACAAGAGAGAAAUUGGGUUAUUGUACAAGGAUUAAAUACAAAGCCAAUGAUACAGGGAAAGACAAAAAGUUUUCCUGGUAUUUGUAUACGUGUAGAACAACCAUUAUUAGUUACUUCACAAAUCCAAUUAGUAGAUCCUUCUGAUUUGAAGGCAACUCCCAUAGAAUGGAGGUAUACGGACGAAGGUGAGUUAGUGAGAGUAUCUACUAGAACUGGUAAAAUUAUUUCCAUACCUGUAUCAAGUGUAGAAACUGUAGAUUAUAAAACUCCAGAUGUGUAUUUCGAAGGACCUAAAGAUACUAGUGUAAAUGAUGUACAGGAAUUAACAUUUGAGGCAAAGUUGAAAACAUUUGAAAUGGAUAUUAUGGACACAAUGGGUAUCAAAGAAGAUCGUGUACCAAAGAAAUAUUAUUGGUAUUAAUUUUGUUGAAUGUAUCAU